UCAACUCGUCUGGCAAUUAUUGAAUUAUUCUCGCUAAACUGUGAUAUCAAACAUAAUCAACUACAAUAAAAACUAUAAAGGCUAAUACAUUUGCUAGCAUUGUAAUUAUUUUUUAUUCAAACAAUCAUCACAGGGACAGCCCCGGACUAAAAUGUUUAUGGCAUAGUUAUAUCAGACUUCUUUGGCUCGGGAUUUUUUAUUCCUCCAAUGAACAUCAUGGCCCCAAGGAAGAAGCUUUUAAUCCCUGUUAGCCGAAGAAAAAUGGCUAAAGCAGGAGCUGACUUCUUCCCUUUCAAUCUUCUGCCUGUGGAAUGCCAGCUCCAUGUGCUUUCCUUCCUAAGUGAGAUUGACAAGUGCAAUUCCGCACUUGUAUGUGCCAGUUGGAGUUGCCUCAUGCGAUCGGGAAAGCUUUGGAGAGUGGCUGAUUUUUCUCGCCGGGGGGUGCUCCACCUUGGACAGGAAGGACUGCUAGUGUCUAACAGAGAGUUUGAGCGUUGGAAAGCAUGGGUUCACCACUACACUCACCACCUAAUAUCCCGCGGGGCAAGCCUUCUUACCCUAAAAGCCAGCUUUGAUUUGGGGGACCAGUGCAACAAGUGGGGGGAGCUUCUUUCUGACCUUCUUGAACGUGUUCACUGUAGAGAUCUCAGCCAAUUGGACCUGAACUGGACAUUCACACUACUGGAGCCACUGGACUUGCGAGUUGGCUCCAGUUCCCACCAUGACAGCAUUACCAAAAUCAAGAUAGACCAGGUAACAAACUUUCAGGUACUUUUGGGCAAACUGUCCCAGAGCUGCCCUCGGAUCACCAAGAUGCGACUCCACUUUGACUGGUCUGAGACAUCGGUGUCAAUUCUCACUCAGUUCCAGCACCUUCGUGUCCUUGAACUCAAGUACUUCUGGGUCUUCAAAGGGGUAAGCCCAAGUACUUUGCAGUUUUUGACCAAAUCACUGCCCAACCUUAAGUCCCUGACGUUGCAUAUCCUGGUGCCACUCAGAAACCUUGGCAUAUCUUACACGCUGGAAUCCAUGUCCCUAGAGUUCCUGGAUGUAUCACCUAGUCGGGGUCUGGUCUUCUCCAGUCUUAAUCUGCCGGCAUUACGAGAGCUAAGGGCCAAAAAGAUUGUCCGUGGCAUUACUUUAGACCGUCGGACCAGGCUUAGGAUACAGAGUAGGUGGCCAUGUCUCUACCAGGUCCUAAGAGAGGGGACCCCCAGGCUACAAGCUCUCAACAAUGAGCGACUACUUCCUGACUGGAGAGAGCAGAGUAACAGAGAGCUGUCAUCUAUCCUCCAGCAGUCCUGUUACUGUCUCCAACACCUGGACAGUUGGCUCUGGUAAACAACAAGGAAUCAUAAGCUUUUGGAAUUUACUUCAGUUUAUCAGGAAUGUAGUGUUUAAUCAUGGUCCACUUUAUUCUCUAAUCAUUCCAAUGCAAAAAAGUAUUGUUUUUUUCUCUGACAUUUUAAAAGGGUUAGUUUACUGAAGAUGUUGAAUCAGUCAGAUGUCUAACUGGUCUUUUAUUUACACCAUAUAGACAACUAAAACAAUCCACACAGGCUAUAUAGCUAAACUACUGAUAUCAUAUUUAAUGGGCUGUCUUUGAAUGAAGGCAUUUAAUGAGCCUUUGGGUCUUCCAUGAGAGAGAUUUGCAUUGCAUUGCGUGUUUGAUACAUUAAACAGUAUUUCACUGUUAAAAAUGUUUAGCAAACUUUGUCAGCAUUUUACAAUCCAUGGAAAAUGUCCUUUGUUGUAAAAUAGCAGGUAUACUUGACAUGUUGUCAGGUAGUGUUUGUUGUUGGUAUUUAAUCGGGUACAAUACAAGGAGUACUGUGCAAAAGUCUUAAGCACCUGAAAUUUUAACAAAAGCCAUUUAUUUGGGUAGCAUGUUUUUAUUAGUGGUGCUUCAGACUUUGCACAGUACUGUACAGAUGUGUAUUACUUCAAGAAUACUUUUUGAUGCUGCAGUGCCUCCCUUAACCAUGAGAGGUCCUUCAUGUUUUUGUCUGUCACUGAGACGGAAAAAGGUGUUAUACUUUUAUCCAUACUAAAAGUAUGUUCCAGCAUGGGCAAUGCCUUUGAGAGCCUCUCAGUGUUGAGGUACUCACUUUGGGUAUAAUUCAUUGGCUGAUCCCUCCUGAUACCUGGUUGGAUUUCAAGAGGAAAUUCAGUAACAGAUUCAACAGGGACCAGCCAAUAAAGUUGGAAGUGCAUCUCAGUUGACACCAUUAAAAUAGAGCAUGCUUUCAAAGCGUGAUGUCAGAGAAUGUAAUAUAGUGUUAGGACUGUAAGCUCUUGGCACUAUGAACGGGGUUCUUCGUUUUCAAAAAAAGAGUGUAAACUGACAGGAUCCACCUACAGUCUAAAUCAACUCUCAAUAAAUCCAGUGCCUUGCUGUUCACCUUCACGCUCAUGGUCCAUACUACACUCUAUCAUAGACCCCACUGAGGAGAUGUCUUCAGUAGACCUUACUGAGGAGAUACGUUUUCAGCAGACCCUACUGAGGAGAUGUGUGUUCAGCAGACCCUACUGAGGAGUGUUGGCAACGAGCAUGGUCUACCGAAAAACAUUUUUAGCUCACAACCUGAGAGAGGAAGAACGUUGAAGGUGUUUCUGAUUAAAUGGCAAUGUCAUUCUGGUGGGUGGUAAUUUUCUAAAUUAAACCCAGCACAGGGACUAUAGUUGAAAGUUUAUCAGCCGGCUAAAACUGACAUGUUUACUUUAGCUUUUCUGUUUAUUAUUUCUGUAAAAAAUUAAGAAACAGACCCAGGAUACAGCAUUUCAACUGACAUAUCUAAAGAGGGACAAUCAUGUUUGAAAUUUAAAAACAUACUUACUAAACUAAAACAAUCACCAACUGUUGUAUGACAUUAUAUGGCUCUGGGCAUCAGGUCAAAAAAGUGGAUUUUUAUUGGGAUAGCGCCUACAUAUACUUUCAAUCUUAUGUAUAAUGUAUGAACUGUAUAAAAGCUUUGUUCACCACGCAAAUACAUGAAAUUACAUUUUU